AUGGUGCGGGUGGCCCGGAGCGCCUGCGCGGAGAGGGCGGCUCGCCGGGAAGAGCUGGGGCUACAACCUGGCGAGCAGUUGGAUUUCAGAAGCUAUUCUACAAAGGAAUCUGAAAAGCCAACAAAAAAUUGGAUUGUAGGAAGAUAUUUCCACAAAGAGAAUAAAACUUUGAUUGAGAGUGAAGAUUUUAAGGAGCCUAAUCUUUUUUUAGGAACAGAAGAUUCUUUGACCACUGAUUUUUCUGAAGACCCACAGAAGGUUCUUAAACAGCUCCAAGAAGUGAACUUAUCAUCCACCAUGCGUCCUUUAAGUAAGUUCUUUGUUAGGGAGAAUCACUGGAAAACUACUGAUGAGAUACAAGAGAGGCGGAGAUUUUUUCUUCAUGAUUUCUGCAAAAAACAUGUUAACGGAAGCAGAACCCAGACUCCUCUUGUGCACAUGGUCUCUAGAAUAUAUGUAGAAGAUAAAUACAAACUCUUGUAUUGUGAAGUUCCUAAAGCAGGCUGUUCCAACUGGAAAAGGACUCUGAUGGUACUCGGUGGCCUCGCAAAAUCCGCUACUAAUAUUUCCCAUGAUGCUGUACAUUACGGAGAUCAUCUGAAGAAACUAGAUAGUUACAACUUAAAAGAGAUACAUAGGCGUUUAAAAACAUAUACCAAAAUUAUAUUUGUACGUGAUCCAAUGGAAAGAUUAGUGUCUGCUUUUCGGGAUAAGUUUGAACAUCCAAACAGUUAUUACCAUCCUGUAUUUGGGAAGGCAAUUAUUAAGAAAUACAGACUCAGUGCAGAUAGAGAAGCAUUGAUAACUGGCUCAGGAGUGAAAUUUAAAGAGUUUAUACAAUAUCUAUUAGAUCCCCAUCGGCCAUUAGUUAUGGAUACUCAUUGGGAGCGGAUCAACAGACUUUGUUAUCCUUGCACUAUCAAUUAUAAUUUCAUUGGCAAAUUUGAAACUCUGGAAGAAGAUGCCAAUUAUUUUUUGAGACUAAUAGAUGCUCCAGAUGAGCUGUUAUUUCCUCAUUUCAAAGACAGACACUCCACUGACAAAAGAACAAAUGAAGAAGUUGUAAGGCAGUACUUGGCAGAAAUUCCUGCCACAGAAAGGCAGAAGGUUUACAACUUUUAUUAUCUGGAUUAUUUAAUGUUUAAUUAUACUGUACCAUAUGUGGAAUCCUAACCUUAUAUAAUGCAUAAUCAGUUUUACCUAUAACUUGUGAGAAAAAAUACAAUUUCUUAAAUGGAGAUGUUUUUGAUCUGCUAAAAUUUUCAUAAACUUAAGUGCCUAGCAUUUAGGAAACAGCAUAUUGCACAGUGUUGUCUGGGAGAAAUUUAAUUUCAUACUAGAAAAUUAUAGAAUAUAAUGCAAUAUAUCUAACACAAAUGGUAUUAAAACAAGUGUAUUUUACUGUAUUUAUUCCAUUGCUGCAGAUGCAUUUUUCUACAUUCUAGGGAACAGCAGUUAAAAGCUGGAUUUAUAAAUCUGAGAGUCUUUUAUUAUCAAUCAAAUAAGGAAAUAUUAGAGAAGAGUGAAUAUGUGUGUUCUCAGAAAAACAUAUGCAAUGGUUCUACAUUAGCUUAUCUGCCUGAAAACCCCAU